AUUUCCUUGGAUUCUGGAAUGAUAAAGCUCAUUUAUUGGGCUCGUCGCUUGCGAGUCAAUCUAUCUCGCUGACGAUGCUCAUGCCAGCUGGCAGCUUCACGGAGAAAUGGCCAGUACAAGCUUGACGGCUUCUUAUCUGACGCCGGACCCAAGCUUCAAUUGGUUUUUUCUCCUGGAGCUUAUUGUUUGUUGUAUUCUUGUUUUAUUCUUCCUGCUCUACUUUAAUCGGCUGUUCGCGACCCUUCUCUCAUACGGCAUCAGAGCCUACACCUGGCACUACUACCGUGUCUAUGUGGAUAUCAACGCGCUGCAGAUAUCGUUGUUGGGUGGCAGAAUAUUCUUCAAAGGCAUUCGAUAUCAUGGCGUGAACGAGACGAUCUUCAUCCAUGGAGGGUUCAUUACAUGGAGGUAUUGGAAACGUCCAGUGGCACGCACCGAUCUAUCCAGCGUGAAGGAGAAUACAAGGGACUACAGCGCAGAGAACGAACGAAAAGGCUCUGUUCCGGGCGCUUCCAGCGACAAAGACGCCAAUUUUGGAGAGCAAGGCGGAGCGGAGAAGACAAUCCGUCUUCCUUGUCGAAUUUCAAUCAAGGUCUAUGGUCUGGAAUGGUUCAUCUACAACCGAACCCCAGCUUAUGAUAGUAUCCUCGCUGGCUUCGGGUACACCGAGGGUCGGUGGGAUGAUGACGAGGACAAUGGACACCCCCAACCCGAUGGGCAGCCAGGGCGGGCUGAUACGACAUUUACAAUGGAUCCUGGGUCCGGCAAAAAAGGAAGCUUCGAAAACGGUUCCAAGCGAAGCAUGGAUGGACGGGAACCUCUGGAGUACCAAAGCUCGAGUAUUCAUGCCGAACUCUCGGACCCGGUAUCGAAUAUGCUUGAACUCUUGCCGGUGAAGCUAGACUGCAACAAAGGAGCGAUUGUGAUGGGGAAUGAACACACCCGCUCGGUCUUGACAACCACUUUUGAUCGCGCAACGGGAAACAUUGCUGCUUGCAAGGCAGGUCCUCUUGACUUGUACCGUCAGCUUUUUUCGUUCCAAUUCAAGCACCCAGUGAUCCAGAUGCGGCCCAAUCCGGACUUCAAACAAACGCAAUUGGCCACUGCUAAAGUGUUGAGUUCCGCAGAAGAGGAAGAACCUGUUCCUAAGCCUAAGCUGGGGAACUUAUUCAGCUAUCGGUUUCAGAGACGCAAGAUAUGGCACGGCAUUCGUGAACUUGUUCCUUAUUUCCAAACCUCCGUCGAGUCAUUCACCUUGGGGCAUAAAAAAGCCGAUACCAUGCCCAGAAGUCAGGCAGAAUUCCCAGAUGCUAUCCGCUGGACUGGCCUUUCUCGGUACCUGGACGAUGAUGAUGGUGAUGACCAUGAAAAAUGGAACUCAGUCGAGUAUGCGCGAUUCUCCACUAUCUUCGAUGGCUCAAGCCUAGACUUGACUUAUUUCUGGGACAUUCCCGGACGUGUGCGACCUGAAAACCUAAGCUCCUCCCAGGACUCGGGCGAAAUUAUCAACCAUGCCCCUCCACCAGAAUGGGGAAUAGAUCUCAAGAUAGAGGGCGGAACGAUCAACUAUGGACCCUGGGCUGACAGGGAGCGGAUCGGCCUGCAAAACGUCUUUUUCCCCAAUUUUUACCGCAGUGCAGAAUCAGCAGAGCCAUUAACACCUGGCAUGUUGAGACAAAGCACCUCCUUCAAGUUGCGGGUUGAGAUCAGUGAAGAGCUUAUACUCCGAAUCCCUACACGCGAGCAGUCGAAAGACUGGCAGUGGAAAGGCCGCGCAGAUGCUAUCGGAGGAACUUCCAAAGGGAAGAAGCAAAGUGAGAGGGGUAAAUCACGCCCUAAGGAAGGUGAAAAGGGCAACAUUGGUCCUGAUAUUCGACCUUUUGGGUGGCUCUCCCUCCGCAUGGGCCCUGACUCUACCAUUACCUAUACUAUGGACAUGGCGGCAUCAAGUACAGGGUACCGAAAUGAGCUUGCUCUUGAAUUGCGUGAAUCGAAGCUCUCGUCCAGUGUGAACCAUGGUCUUCUAUGGCAAUGCGUACGACAAUUAGUCACUUGCGACUUGUCCAACCCCCUCUGUUGGAAUAGCCUGCGGUCGUGGACAUUUACAGUUGACAGUGAUGGAAUGGAGCUUUUUCUCUUGCGAGAUCACAUUUUUCUUUUGACUGACCUCGUCACUGACUGGGCAUCGGGUCCUCCAUCCGAAUACUACACAUAUGUCCCAUUCAUCUACAACAUCGACCUCAACUUCUCGGACUUGCAGCUAUUAGUCAAUGUCAAUGAUCGGAACAUCAUUAGUAAUCCCUCUGAUCGGGAAGACAAUCGAUUCAUCGUCAUCAAGGGCAAGCAAUUGUCCGCAAAUGUCAUGAUCCCAUUGGACAAGUAUCAACCUGAACAGAACGCAGUGGAGUUCAAGGUCAAUCUCCAGGACGGGGGUGUCGAUCACUUAAUUCCUGCCUGGGAUACACACCAUUCUUUCCUGCCCGGAACUUCAAUGGCAACACUGGAUAGCCUUCUUAUUGAUGGCUCUUACACUUAUUUCCUUUCAACGUCCCCGGACUUGACAGAUACUCUUGUGCUUAACCUUGAUGGCGCUUCGCCUAGGUGUUAUCUCUAUGGAUUCUUGGUCAAGAGCUUCAUGGCCGUGAAGGAGAACUACUUUGGUGAUGAGAUGCACUUUAGGACUCUAGAAGAAUAUCAAGAGCUAGCCUACGCCGAUGAACCGCCUGUGAAUCCUACAGGCAUUAAUCCAAAUCGGAAGUCAAAUGACAUGGAUGUUUUGAUUCAUAUAUUUGUGGACAGUCCAUGUGCUCUACUCCCUGAAAACAUCUACGACCAGUUAGAAUGCACAAGACUUCGCGCUGCUUCCCUUGAGGCUGAUCUGCGAUUCACGAACUACUAUAUGGACAUGCAACUAUCAAUCAGUCCACUCAAAAUUGAUCAGCAAUCCGCCCAGGAAGAUGGUUCAGCAUCCGUGUCCGAUACUCAGCUAUUUAUCGACGGUAUUUCGGCCUAUGGUCAUCGUCUUUUUGGAUUGCCUCCCGCUGAGCCAACCUACGUGUGCAAUUGGGACUUCGAAGUGGGCAAAAUCAUAGGUGAAUGCUCCCCGGAGUUUCUGGCUUGCCUAGCAUCCAGCAUCAAAAGCUUUGACUUUUCGUUCGAUAACGAAGAAAAUACCCUGCACCCGCUCUUCCCGCCUGUUCUCCAUGACGUGACCUUUUUGAGGGCCAAGAUUAGCUCGAUUCAUAUCAGUGUUUUACUGGAUCAAACAGCUGUCAUAUUGAGCUCUAAGCCAUUGACAAUCAACUUCAACGAUUGGGCGAACACGAAGUUCUCAAAACGCAUGAACUUGUUGAUGCCUGACUUGACUAUCGCUGCAGUCGAUCGUCAGUCCGUGAAUCUGGCUAUUCGAUCGCCCGACAAGAGAAUUGAUCCUCUCGGCAUUAUCCAGGUGACGAUAGGUUUCAAGAUGGCUCUUCGGAAACAGGACAUCACCGAAAGUAGACGCCUCCAACAGGAGCAUAUCCGAGUCCAUGAUCAGCGCACACAUCGAUCCCAGUGGCUGCUCUUUGACUGGGAAGAAAUUGCCCCAAUUUCAUCUAUCCCUCACGCCGAUGGCCUUUCAAUUCCAACCAUUGCCAUACCCUCGAUGCCUGAACCUAUGCAUCAAAGAUUAAGCUCCGCAAACGCCCCGUCUUAUAGAGGAUUCUCAGGGACUCAACCUGCGGGAAGCGCUAGGAGCUUUCUUGUCCAUUCCGAAACAUCCAGUCUCAAAAGCACAAAAGUUCGUGGCAAUGGUUUGCAACGCACUGUAUCGGGCUCAAGCUCAGAGUCUGGACGCCGCCCCGUUGUAUCUCACCGUGGUGCAAGUUGGAGCACGCUGCAAGCCAAUCGAUUCAAAGAUAAUGACAGCUAUGGGUUUUCCACUCCCAGAGCAACCUCGUAUUCUCCAGCUGCAAUUAGAGAUGCAAACCCAUGGAUCUUGCCACGAUUCUCGUAUUACAAGAUUUCCUUGGAUACAUCUGAGCUGCCAUCCACUUUCAGCAACGAGUCUGGCGAAAAUGAAGAUGAUGAAUACCCGACCACACAUUCCAUGUUUUUGACUUUCGAAGACGACCAAACCACAUACACCAACCUCGCGCUGGAUCUGCCGUUAGGCAUCAGGGGCUUCUGUACUCCAAGGUUCUUGUUCAGCUUAUCUGCCUUGCUAGAUGGAUUGGAGCCAAAACAUCCAGUUCAAAUCAUUGAUUCGCUCCAGAAAGAUGUGAUCUCCGAUAUAGUUGGCUACGACAAGUCCAUGAGCCAGCCGAAGAAAACAACUGCUGUUUCUCUUCGCAUUCCACUAAUCCACUUGAGAUUAGUGGACAUUUCGGAAUCCCCAAACAACAAACACGUCGAGUUUCGAGAUGAAUAUAGCAUUGAAGUUCACAAGCUUCGGACCGAGUUUCAAAGACGUGUUCAGCGGCAAAAGGGCGAUCUUCUUAAAGGUCUCAAACAAGGCAUUACUAUCCAUGCAGCAGCAGAUCAUAUCUCUGUUUCCGUUGAGGGAAGUCGAACAGAUGCUUUUCAGGAAAAGGCUGAGUUCAAGUGCAACCUGAGUGAUAUGAAUUUCUGGCUCGUUACCUCCCCAAAUAUUCGCUCGAAUUUGCAGAUGCGGACCUUCAACACUGUUACUUCCGCUAAGUCUGUGGAACGAUUGGCAUUCCUUGUCCGACGAGCCACGACUAUGUUUGACUCUGUUGCAUCGGCUUUUCAGCAAGUCUCGACUGCAAGUACACGGCGACUCCAAUAUCUUAUCUAUUUUGCAACGCUAUCGGCCACUGAUAUUCCGGACCCAAUAUUCCUUGCACGCAUUUCCUAUGUACUUCGACUUGCUUCGACUCAUCUGCGACAACAUGAUUCCUGGAAGAUCAUUUCUCGCAUUCGAAACAUCUAUAGAAAUCUUCCGGUACAGCACCGGCGCGAGCUGGACCGUAAAUGUCUUGGCAACAAUCUUCCAUUGCCACACAAUGCUAGGUCCACUGUCUUUACUGGUUUUGACCAGUGGAGAGCAUGGGAUCUAGCCCAUGUUGAAAAAAGUUAUGUCAUGCGCAGAAUUUGGUCAAGUCCUGAACCCCAAAAGGCUACCACCAAGCCCUCUAUGUUCAUGUCUUGUACAGUGAAGACAUUCAGGUUUUCAUUGGACCCCGGUCCAAGAGGGACUGAUCUUAUUGUGGAGAACUUGUCGACAGCCACAUCUCUUGUGGCUGAACCCAUAUCCCUAGAUGACGAUAACAUGAAGUUCAAGAAACUCGUCACAUCGCAGGCGUACUGUUCGUCUGCUGCUCUACAUGUAAGAUGGGAGGUCUUGGAUCUUGUUGAGGGUAUUAUGAAGGUCAUGUCUACAGUCACGCUUGAAUCGAAGCCAGCUCAGUCAUCACCGAGUGAUGGAGAGAAAGAGCCAACAGAGUUGCAGAUUGUAUUCGGCACUGAUUUCGGCUCAAUCACCCUUGACGGUAUCAAUGUCAAGCUUGCUCUGGUCUCCAAGGCCUUACGAAGCUCCAUUGUUCACAGCUCCCACGGCGCAAAACCGGCCCACAAGGAGGAUCUUGCUCUUUUGUUCAGUGCGGAUGCAUGUUCUUCUGAACUUCUGAGUCAGUCGGGGUCGCUCAUGCUGUCAAGAAUCUCGGAUCCAUACUUCUAUUUCUCACUCGUCUCUGAAGAAGACGAGAUCCAGAGUAGGAACGAUUGGAGGGUGGUUGCGUCGUGCCGGAGACUUCGCUUUGAGAUGAAGGAGGAUCCUGUCGGUCUUGCCCAUGUGGCAGACCGUAUCAUUGACGAUGAAGUCAGGUACAUUCGGCAGCUUACCAACAAUUGCAAACUUCCGAAGCCUGCUACGCCUGAAGUUGAACUGCCACCUGCGUCGGAAAAGCCCACCCACCACCACAUCAAUGUGGCCAUGUUCCUGGAUGACUAUCAGCUAAGAUUCAGCCUCCUUCCGUCUUUGACAUAUCUUAUCACUGGUGACGUAGCCCGCAUGUCGGUCAUGCCUACAAAGUCAUCCCAGAUUGAGGUUGACUUUGACGUGAAGCAAAAUUCCCAUCUGUUCUUGUCGGAUGAAGGCACCAAGUCGCGCACGCUUUCGAAGUUGGAUAUCCCUCCAACCAAUGGCCGGAUCCUUGCAAAUAUUUCAUCUAAUCGCAAGGAGUUGGAGGUUGACCUAACUGUUGAAUUGAUUCGUCUUGAGGCCAGCGCGGUCCGAAGUCUCUUGGGUGUUCUGACAGGACCAGAUGUUGCCCAUCUCCUGGAAGACCUCAAACAAAACCUGGACGUCCUUCAAUCCCACUUGAGCGAAGCGCUUUCGCUUGAAAAGGCAAACGCAGAACCGAAGCCUCUAUCUGAAGAGUCGACAAUUUUAUACAAAGCUCGCCUUACAAUGGCUGGCUUUGAGAUACACGCUGUCGCGCCUGGUUUAAAUGGAAGGGAUUACAAGGCUGAAAUGGUUUUCAGCCUUGGAACGAUGCAGAUGAGUAUCCAGAAUGGCCUAGAUAGAGGCUACGCCAUGGAGUAUCCAGAGUUUAACAUCGACGCCUCGCAAAUUAGCUUCCUGUUGCGGCGUCUGGAGAGAACCAAGGCCAAAUCUUACGGCGGUUUCACAUUCGCUGUCAAACUUCUCGGGACAUCUGCUGUUCGUGAGAAUGGAGAGGUCAUGCGAGCUUACCACUUCACAAGCGAUAAGUUCGACAUUGAACUUUUCGCUGAGACAGCUGCCUUGGUUGUGGAUAUUGCCAUUCACACACAGGAGCGUAUCAAGACCUUGGAUCUCUCUCAUGAAGUCAAACGUCUACGCAGGCUCCGCCAUCGCCAUCAUAAGGAAAUGAACCAUGCUGGAUCUGAUGUUCCAGAGAUUCAGGUGAAUGACGAUGCUGCUGCACAAGUAUUCCUCAACGCCUUAUACUCGUUCCACUUCCGGGGCAUCCAGGUGGCAUGGAACAUGUCGUCUCCUCUCUCUGCUGGCGCUGGUCGCCAGCCAGAGGACCUUGUCUUCUCAAUUCAACAAAUUGAGCUGUCCAAUAAGAAGAAGAAUACAGCCAGACUUCGGAUUGAGAACAUGCAACUCCAGAUGGUUCCAUUCCGUGCAGACCGGAAAAAGCGGUCGCUGAACUCCGCUCUCAUGCCUCAACUAGUAUUUAAUGUCGCCUAUCAUUCCAUCGGGAAAGAACUGUGGCUUGCUUUCCAGGCAGCAGGUAAAUCCCUCGACAUUCGUGCGACAUCUGAAUUUAUCAUCCCAGGAAAUAUGAUCCGGAACUCCAUCGCGUCCGCAACUGAGGCUUUGCGUGAGGGCAAGGCUGCUUGGGCUACGAAGCCAACUCCCAAUCCGGAGAAUGGCCCAAAAAGCCAGAGUCUCUUCGGCAAAAGACGCCUUCGAUCUGUUCUUGUGGACGUUGAUUUCGCCGGUGCUACGGUCUCGCUACAGGGAAAACGAAGUCAGGACCCUCAGACUUUGAUGGCUGCCAACAUUGCGGGUAGCCGACUCUCCGAUGCGAAAUAUGGCGAGUAUGUACAAGGAGAUUCCGCAACUACUGCGACUUUACAGGCGCCAGGAGUGGCUUUGAAAGUUCAUUUCGAAGAUAAUGGGACCGAUGAUCCAGCUUUGAAUGCAGAGCUAAAGGUCAACCCAUCCAAUAAUGUCUUAUACCCCACGCUUGUGCCUUUAGUCAAGCAAAUGACUGCUACUGUGAAAGAAAUCAUGAGAGAGAAAGAUCUACAACAUCGUCCUCGCCGUCAAUCCGCUGCAGCUUUGCUGCAGCCUCAAAAGAUCAUGCAGGAACCCCCAUUCGGUGCGCCGGAUCCAAGUUCCAUUCUUGGGCGGUGCAAGGUCAACCUUGGGUUGUUGUUCUGUAAACAAGAAUUCAGUCUUAGUUGUCAGCCGAUCGCCAGGGUAGCAGCAACAGCACGAUUCGAGAGUGUCUACGUUACAGUCAACACGAUUCUAUCCAACGAACAGGGUCGCUUCAUUGCUCUUUCUCUGGCAUUCAAUAAUUUGGAAGCCUCGGUGAAGCAUGUUUAUUCCAAUGAGUCCACGGCGAGUUUCGAAGUUCAGUCUGUGGUGCUAUCUUUGAUGAACAGCAAGCACCUUGGCCGAACGAGUGGCGUGUCGGCUAUUCUCAAAGUGAGCCCCAUGAAGGUCAUCCUGAAUGCAAAACAGGUUCAAGAUUCUUUGUUGUUCCAAGAGAUUUGGCUACCAUCCGAUGAUGAGCCUAGCCCCAGCGCAACUCCACAGCCUGAGGAACCGCAUGAGCCAGAAGCCCAGACCUACAUUGUACAGCGCUAUCAACAGGUCGCUGCAGCGUCAGCGUUCCCCUGGAACACGACUAUUGCCAUCGAGAAGCUCGAAAUGCAGCUGGAUCUGGGAUCAACGCUCGGCAAGGCGCAGUUUGCCAUUGACAACUUAUGGGUUUCCUCCAACAAAACCUCCGAUAACGAGCAAAGUAUGUGCAUCAACUUUGAUUCCGUUGCUAUCGAAAGCAAGGGUCGCAUGAGUGGCAUCGUUGAACUGCGCACUCUCAAGAUUAGCACCUCCAUUGAAUGGCCAGAGUCCCGCGAAGCUGGGCAUACGCCACUUAUUCAAGCCUCCAUCGCUUUCCAUCAUCUUCAAGCCAAGGUUUCCUUCGACUAUCAGCCUUUCUUGGUCGCACAUAUUGCCAUGUUUGACUUUUUUAUGUACAACGUUCGUGAACCCUCUGGUGAACAGAGUCAACGGCUCUUCAGUAUACUUGAAGGCGAUGAAGUCCAAGUCUUCUGCACAUCUUUGACGGCAUCUCAAGCCCUCGCGUUGUUCCAAGCCUGGCAGAGACUAUUCCAAGACAAGCAAUCCGCUUACGAGUCUUCUCUACGGGAAGUUGAGCGAUAUCUUCGUCGCAAAUCCUCUGCGGUUCCCUCUCAGUUGGAGACGCGCGCUAAAGAACAGACCAAGAAGGAUGAUGAAUCCGAGAGGGCACCCAUUCAACUGCAUACCGGUGUAGUUGUCAGCAUUCGCCAUAUCAAUAUUGGUGCCUUCCCCAGCUCGUUUUUCGAUAACCAAAUCUUCAAGCUGGAGGCCUAUGAUGCCCAGGCCCGCUUUGCGGUCUCACUGGAAUCCGACAAAAUCCACAGCGCACUAGGCUUAACGCUUGGUCAGCUUCGCGUGGCACUUUCUGGAAUCAGCCGUCCUAGCUCCGCCCAACUGGAAGAGCUCUCUGUGGAUGAGAUCGCCCAACGAGCCGCCGGCUCUCGCGGUGGCACCAUUCUCAAGGUACCGCGACUGGUGGCGGGCAUGGAAACCUGGCAAGUACCGGGUGGUCGGGAGAUCGAGUACAUCUUCCACAGCAGCUUCGAAGGCAAAGUAGAUGUGGGCUGGAACUACUCUCGCAUCAGUUUCAUCCGCGACAUGUGGGAGACGCAUUUACGUGCCCUCGCCUCACGGCUUGGUAAGCCGCUCGCGCCGUCUGCGGUGCGAAUUACUGGUGGUCCCGGCACCGGUAUCGAAGGGGGCGGCGAAGGGGCUGAGCAGCAAGAGAAGAUUACUGCAGUAGUCAAUGUGCCACAAUCCAAGUAUACAUAUACCGCAUUGGAGCCGCCGGUUAUUGAGACGCCACAGCUGCGGGACAUGGGAGAGGCAACGCCCCCGCUGGAGUGGAUCGGGUUACAACGUGAUAAGCUGCCCAACGUUACGCACCAGAUCAUUAUUGUGACCUUAUUGGAGAUCGCAAAGGAGGUAGAAGAUGCCUAUGGGACAAUUUUGGGAACUUGA